AUGGCUACUUCGUUGAUUGCGCUGGUUAGACAGGAAUUUAUUUCUUCGACGAAAAAGAAAGCGGUGAAGCCGUUAGUUUCAAUUCUUGGUCUCUGGGCAUUGGAAAAGUUGUUGGAAAACUCGCAGUAUUACAAUUGCCCUGAAGAAGGUUAUGGGUUGUAUGGCGGGAUGUUUUUAUUUGGUCCAGCCUUGUGUUUAUCCACGCUAACUUUGAUGAUGAGCAACUCUUUUUGGGAUUCAGUAACAAGUUGUUUUCGAGGAAAGGUCGACCGCGUCGAUGUAUGUCGGACAACCUGUCAUGCCUUGAUAAAGUCAGCAUUGGUUGGAUUCAUGUGGCUUAUACUUGCUUUUGCGACCACAGACUAUUUUGUAUGUUUUCGUGUUGGAGGUAACCGGUCAAAGAACUCUAGCGAGGCCAUUAAAAUGCAGAGGCUAUCUUCAGUUUUAGCCUGGCUUAUGCUUGUUAUAUCUAUAGCACUGGCACUUCUUUAUCAUGUCAUUGAGAAAUGUUGUUUUUCCAAAAGUCGAAAAUCUACAGGAACAAUUAUUCGGGACUACGAAAGGAUUGAAGCUGAAGCUGCAAUUUCGACGUUUAAGAAAGAGGCUAAAGCUCUUGCAAAACGGGAAGGAGAGAGACAGGUUAAUGCAAUUCUUCAUGAGGUUAACGAUGGCAAGACUGCCUUGGAAGUCGUGAAAGAAGCUAAGAAAUGGUUGAUUGAUAGGUACUCACGGUCCAACAAAGUGAAGAAAGAUUAUCAAGUUAAUGACGUAAAGUUGGAUGAAAUUGAAGUUGAAACGAACCUAUUGGAUACAACAGCAUGUGAUAGUGAAAGGCACUGA